AUCAUAACAGGAGGCAAUGCUGGCAUAGGGCUAUCAACUGCUGAGGCAAUUGCACGGCAAGGAGGAAAGGUUGUCCUGGCGUGCCGUUCCCUUGCACGUGGGAAAUCAGCGGCACAGGCAAUUGCUCAAAAGAUUGGGCAGUCAGACAAGGUACAUAAAAUUGAGGUGAGGGAGCUAGAUCUGGCGUCGCUGGAAUCAGUCAGGAGCUUUGCGAGAGCCUUCAACAAGGAACAGAGGCGGCUGGAUGUGCUCAUUUGCAAUGCAGGCAUCAUGGCUCCUCCAGAGCGUCAGCAGACGGCAGACGGCUUGGAAUUGCAAUUCCAGGUCAACUACCUGGGCCACUGGUUGCUUGCGCAUGAGCUACUCAAUGACCUUGGCACACGCCUGAUAUUUUUGUCGUCCACGACCCACAGAGCAGGCAAGCUGGACUUUGGCAAUCUGCAGCUGGAGCAUGGCUACUCAGGCUUCAAGGGCUAUGCAAAUUCAAAGCUGGCCACCCUACUUGCUGCCAAGGAGUUCCAGCGACAUUUCAACAGGCAAGUUGCCAGCAGCAGGAAAGAUGUGGCAGUGGCAGUGCAUCCAGGGCUGGUAGACACAAAGCUGGCCAGG